AUGGGCCUCUGGGUUUUUGCUGAACAACAGAGGAUCCCCCUGAUCGGCCUGAUUCGUUUUUGCACUUGUGCAUUCGGUCAAACUGUGAGCCCAAAAACUCAAAAACUCAUUCUCAAAAACUUUGAGAAUGUUCAUUCACAACUCUCACACCAUAACAGACUUCACACAUCAUCUUUGAGGAGCUCAGUUCACGGCAUCUUCUCUAGAAUCUACGACAGUCAUCAUGUGAUAGUAAUUGACAGGACAGUAGAAGUGACAGAGAGGAGAGUUUUCACUGCGCAUUUGAGGUUCCUUCUCGGGAUUAUUUUGCUUUCUUGUAUUCAGAGUGUGGUGAAUGAGAAUGUGGACAUUAACACCCUUGCCAGGAUUGUAAAAUUUUUUCGUAAAAGGUAUGUUUUCGUGGGCCAGUAUGCAGUAGCCAUAAAUGUCCCAAAAGAGCAGUGUCAAAGCGGUUUCAAUCCAUCAGAAAGCACCUUUCUGAAGAAUGACAAAUCAGAAAAAGUUAAACCUUACAUAAAACCUGACAGCAAGGUUGUCUACAAAGGCACUGAACUCAUCGCUGCAGGGCGUCAUAAAGAUGCACAUUCAGAGUAUUUACUGAUGAAUCCUCCAAACAAAUCUCCUUUGACACACUUAAUGAAUAAAAAAAAGGAUGGAUGUGUGAUUUUCUACACCUUAAACUCUCCCUGUAUAGACAAAUGUCUUAAUAGCGAUAUUAUUAUAAAAGGUCUUAAUGAAUUAAAGGCAUACCAGGGAAUUAAAGCUUUUGUUUACACAUAUAUCUUUAAAAAUGACCAAAACCAUAAAAAUCUGCAAAAGGAACUAAAGAAGAUUGCUCAGCGUGUGCCACUUUACCGCUGUAACAAAGAGGGUUGUAACUCUUGUGGAGAAACAGUCAUAGACGAAUGCAUUAAAGCUGACUGAUUUAGCAGUUAGAUUCAGAGGCUUUUGAAGAUACAUUUCAAUGCUCAAAUGGAG